AAUAUGGCGUUCUCCAUGUGACCAUGCUUUUUCGUAAUCGUAUGUUGACUUGUGCACUAGUACGGCCUAAAAACAGUUGAGGUUGGGACAAAUAAUACUGUUCUUAAGAUAUUUCCUGCUAGUGCAAUAGAAGGCAACCAUGCGCAAUCUUGAGCUGCUUCUUUCCUCGCACAUCGACGGUCUGUCUGAGUUAGAGGGAUGUCAUGAGCUGAGUGUUGACUAUGACACUGGACGAGUUUACUUGACCACCAGAGACUCCAAGGUCAUAUGUCUCGAUCCACAAGCGCAAGAGAUUCUGUGGACUCUCUCUCUGGUGGAGCAAGGCUAUGCCACACCAAGCGAGGGCAGUGUUAUCAUCGCCAUACAACAUCUACCAGACCAGCAGUCAGUCUGCGUGGCUACAGGCAGAGGCGACGUCCUCCUGUACAACACUCUCUCGUGUGAGCUGGAAUGCGUUGGCAGUGUGGAGAGUGGCCUGACAAGUAUGACAUGGAGCCCUGACCAGCAACUCCUCGUUCUCUCCACAGGGGCAUCCACCCUGAUCUUGAUGACCAAGGAUUUUGACCCAAUCAUUGAGACUGCUAUGCAUCCUCAGGAAUUUGGAGAGCAGCAACCCAUCACCGUUGGAUGGGGCAAGAAGGAGACUCAGUUCCACGGCACAGCGGGCAAGCAGGCAGCCGUCAGGACCAUGGAAGACGUGAAGCCUGCCCUCGCUUGGGAUGACAUGAAAGUCCGAGUCAGUUGGCGUGGCGACGGCCAGUUCUUUACCGUCAGCGCCAUCAGCCCGGAUACAGGAGUACGUAAGCUGAGGAUCUGGAGUCGAGACUGUAUCUUACAGUACACCAGCGAAGAUCUGAAUGGUUUAGAGCAGGCCUUGUCAUGGAAACCAUCCGGGAGCCUGAUAGUUGUCAGCCAAAGGCUAGAGGACCGUCACGAUGUCAUCUUCUUUGAGAAGAACGGCCUCAGACAUGGGGAAUUUACCCUACCGUUUGACAAAAUGGCAGUCAAGGUCUGUGAGAUUCUUUGGAACACAGAAUCCUCUGUCAUGGCUGUGUGGCUCGAGGACCUCCACAGUGAAGCUGGGCAAGCUCCCUGCUCAUACGUUCAGUUAUGGACGGUGGGCAACUACCACUGGUACCUGAAGCAAAGCCUGGAUUUCCCGGCCUCUGAUAGGCUGACUGCAAUGCAGUGGGACCCGGAACAUGGAUAUCGACUGCAUAUCAUCACACAGUCUGCCAGGUACCUGCAGUAUACAUGGUCCUGGGCCACCAACCAUAGCAAAGGGACAGAUUGCAGUGAUGACGCAUACGUUGCUGUAAUAGAUGGUGAUAAGGUCUUGAUGACCCCAUUCAGGAAAAUGGUGGUUCCGCCCCCAAUUUCUGCCUACACAAUGCACCUUCCCAAGCCUGUCAAUCAAGUGUGCUUUGCUCCGCCUCCCCAUAGCAACAAGAUGGCCGCCCUCAUGAGUGAUGGCAAAAUUGCCAUCUAUGUGAAAUCAGCAGGAGAGAAUCACUCUUCAGACAUUGACUCCACUGUCCGAUUAGUGGCUGCUGGGGGCAACGGCUUCAAAGCGAUGGUGACUCCACAUUCAUUGAAAGCAGUGCUUUGCAUUGAGGAUGAGUCUGGUAGCCCGCUAGUACACAGCUAUCCCUCACAGUAUCAUCACCUGCAGUGGGUCAGCAGCCAGACAUUCAUUCUCAUCUCAUCAGACCCUGGUGGUGUGGGGAGCACACUUCAUCGUGUAAGCCUCUCUGAGGAAGAUGUCGAGAUGCCCAAACUUUGUGUCAAAUCGCAAAGUACCAUCUUUGGCCAAGUCUACCGGGUAUCAUGCAACCCAUCGACAGAGACCAUCGCCGUACAGCUAGUGGACGGCAGCGUUGUCACAACAGACAAUGAGCCAAUAGUCAAACUGCCCCAACCGUGCACCCAAAUGGCAUUGUGUACUAUGGGCGGACAGGAAGUGGUCCUUGGUUUGACAGAGAGGUAUCGUUUCUACAUCAACGAGACAGAGUUUGCCUCCAACUGUACCUCCUUUGCCGUGCAUGAUGAGUACCUCUUGAUGACCACUCACAGCCACACCUGCCGCUGUAUCAGCCUCAACUCAAACCCUAAAGACCUGUCCACAGCAGAGUCCAAGUCCCUCGAUGAGAGCAUCCGGCGUGUGGAGCGAGGUUCUCGCAUCGUGGUCGUCGUCCCUGGCGACACCAAACUCAUCCUCCAGAUGCCUCGCGGUAACCUGGAGACCAUCCACCCGAGGGCGCUCGUCCUGUCUGCCAUCAAGAAACUCCUGAACGGACUGAAGUACCAAGAAGCUUUUCUAGUCAUGAAGAGACACCGCAUCAACUGGAAUCUGUUCUACGACCAUGACCCAAAGGCAUUCUUCAAUAACAUCGACCACUUUGUGAGGGAGCUAGACUCUGCCACCAGCCUGAAUCUGUUCUUGGCCGAUCUCAAGGAGGAAGACACCACACAGACCUUGUAUUCAGCUGCAUACUCCAGGAGUCCGGAGAAGACAAAAACGGCUGGAGGGAGUAAAGUGGACGCGGUGUGUGAUGCGGUCAGGGAAAGCUUGGACAGGAUCGACCCAAACAAAUUCUUUCUGUCAGUGCUGACAGCCCACGUCAAGAAGAACCAACCAGAACUGGAAAUUGCCCUGCAGAGGAUCCAGCAAUUGACCCAGCUAACAAGACCAGGGACAGGCAACGACCCUGGCCCAGGGUCAGGCUGUGAUUGCCCCACGCCCGACGAGGCCCUGCGCUACCUGAUCAUCCUGGUGGACGUCAAUCAGCUCUUUGACGUGGCAUUGGGGACCUAUGACUUCAAGCUGGUCCUGAUGGUGGCUGAGAAGUCACAAAAGGAUCCUAAGGAGUACCUCCCCUUCCUGAACCAGCUGCGCAGUCUGGAGACCAACUACCAGCGCUACACCAUCGACAAGCACCUGCGACGCUACAGCAAGGCACUGCGUCACAUCAGCAGGUGCCCGGGAGAUGAACGCUUCGUAGAGUGUAUGAGCCUAGUGGCUGAGCACAAACUGUACAGCGAGGCACUGCAGCUGUUUGACAGGGGAUCGGAAAGAUACGAGGCCAUCGGUAUUGCAUAUGGCGACUACCUCCAGUCCAAGAAUCGUUACGCGGAUGCAGCCCUCGUCUUCACUCUCUGCAGCCAAUGGGAGAGGGCCUUAGAGAUGCACAGCAGGUGUGGCCAAUGGCAGCAGGCCUUCUGUAUGGCAUCCAGAUUGAAUUACACAGCAGACCAGCUGGCAGAAACUGCUAGGAAGUUAGCAGUGUAUCUCUCGGGGCACAGGAGACACUCUGAAGCAGCUAGCAUCCUAGUGGAAUAUGCCGACGAUGUUGAAGAGGCUAUCAGUGUGCUCAUCACUGGAUGCCAUUGGGCAGAAUCUCUGAGACUGAUGUACAAGCACAAGAGGGAGGACAUUAUUGAGACGCACCUCAAACCAGCACUUGUGGAAAGGUGUAGCAGCACUCAGGCCUCCCUGGAGAAUUUCCUGGUGACUUUUGACAAGCACAAGAAGCGUCUUGCCGUGGUGAGAGAGAACAAGCUAUGCCAGGAACAAGAGGAAGGUGCUGACUUCAACGACGUGGAUGCCGACCUGUAUUCUGACACCAGUAGUGUCGGGGGUAGUGCCAUGGGUAGCGUCACCAGCUUUGGAUCAUCCAGUAGUGCGUAUAGCACCAGCACAACCAGCAGUAAAACCUCAGGGCGGUCCAGAAAGAAUCGAAGGAAAGCUGAGCAGAAGAAGCGCAGCUUGAAGGAAGGGAGUAAACACGAAGACUUAGCACUACUGGACGCACUAAUAGAAAUCAUGAAGAAUGUGGAUCAACUCAAAGGUGAUGUUGGACAUCUCCUUCCCAUCCUGGUCAUGUUUGACUUCAAGGAAGAGGCACAGCAGCUUCAGCAGUCACUGCAAGAUGCCCUCAAGAGCCUAGAGGCAGGACGGGCCGAGAUAUGGAUCGGCAACAUCACCCAGCCUACAAUGGGAACAGCUGCGGGAUUUGGUCCGCAGUACACCUCCAACGCCAUAGCAGCCUCCAUGACUGCGCCGGGCCCCCUAGGAGCCCCUCCUUCCACCCCCUCCCCUGACGAUGUGGCCCUCUUUGUCCCCCCUAAGCUGAGCAAAGAUGACAAGUGGCGACUGCACAUGCUGGAGCCCAGGUGAAAAAAACCUCCAUUGCCAUGGUUACACCAAGAGGAUUCUGACAGCUAAGUGAAUGUCACCUGACUUGGAAUAUUAUUGAUGCGAACCUCAGCUCUGUGCAUGCAUUACAGAGUUUCUGAAACGGCACUGCAUCGUGAACAUUUUGCAUCACGGAGAUGUACAUUUGAAUAUUCAGUGUUUGCUUUUCACUUUCAUCAUUGAUGUAAGCCAUUCAGUGUGGUGCCAGCUCCUGUUAUCAGAUCUGAAUUCACCAAUCCACUGCUGCAAGGUUGUUUGUUGGGUGACUACUUUCUCUUCAUUUCGCGUUCAAGUCCCACCCCAGCAGGCUUGUGAAUUUUACAUUUUACUUGAGAGAAGCGGUUUGCCCCGGUGUUCUGGCAGUGGCUGCCAUAUGCCCUGCAGCACCUUGUACAUUAUGGGUCUCAUAUUUCUCAUAAAUCUCUUUUACCUGUCUUUAAACAUAGACAUAAUUAUCAGCGCCUUGAGUACCUAAUUGUUUGUAGAUACGUGCGUUAUACGAGUCUGGUAUUACUUGUGAAUAUUACUAGUUCACAGACAACGCUGAGCCCCUUUACUUUGUUGGGGCAAAAAAAAAAAAUGUAUAAUUGACGUUAUUUUGUGGUGUUGUUUUGUGAAACAGCAACAUACACACAAAGCCACAGUGCAGACUCUUACUUUAGACCCGUCCUAGAGAAAAUACACCUAAAACCAGAAAGAAGCGAGAAAAAGGGCUUUAUUGUGGCUAUUUAGAAAUUAUCGUGCUGCAAUAAUUAGCGCCAAAGCCUCUGCAUUCCAGGCAUCUGCGAUUCAUUGUGUCACUAACGCCACCUUGUUUGUGUGAGCUUUCUCAUUAUUUGUCCUGUUGUUUAUCAGGCCAAUAGCCAGGGGGGUAGCAAGAGUUGAAAAGACCCACCCCAAAUUCCACAUAGGUCCCCUAUCAGUAUUUCAGAAUCUUAAUACCUGCCAACAUAAAAUGAAAUUUUCAAGUACUUUGUCUAACCAAUAGUUCAAAUUCCUGCCUUGUAGGCAUAUUUAGAUUUCAAGUAAAUUGUGGCAUUUUUUCCCCUAUAAACAGUCCUUUUGAUUUGAGGCAGGCGAUUGCACCCCUUUUCCAUCGUAUGCCUAAAAGCAUCCCGAGAAGUGUGAGUAAACUCACGCCUGAAUCCCUCUGUACCGCACACCUUGGCAUACAUUUGCAUCAUUAUUAUACUCUUGUGAGCUCGUGAAAUGUCUUUACUGUAGACUAAGAUGAAUAUUAUACAAAAUAUCAGAUUGUUCAGUCCCAGUUUGGACCACAGAAUCACAUGCCUAGAAAAAUCAUUUGCCAUAACAAAAAAAGACGCCUAGAAAAGUCACACUCCUACAAUAAUCGCAAGCCUCCAAAAAUCACACGCCUAGAGAAUCCAGGUGUGCCAUUUUCAACACGCCUGUGAUUUUCAAAUAUGAAGGACUUUAUAAAAAAACUGUUCAAUUUUACUAAACAGGUUUUCUAUAUUUAUCUAAAUGGGCACACCCUCGCACCAGGCUGGCUAUGGCCCUGUUCAUUCCCCACACUUGUAUAAGAUCACUUGGUCAAUUAUGGCAUAGCACAAGUCCAGUCCUGGCUGGAAGAACUUCAGUCCACAAAAAAAUCCAAACCUAACGAGGCAAGAAAUUGAUUUUUGUCUGAUGAAUUUCCAAUCAUGGUUUGCAUUGAGAUUGUUGGUUUUCUAGGAGCUCGGGAAUAAUCAAAAUAAAGUAAUAUCAACAAAUAAUUAUUUCUUGU